CGGAUGUGAUGUUUAGGACAAAAGCGUCACUGUUUUUUUUUUCAGGUUGGCAGCAUUUCUGGCGAUAAACAAAACAUAGUGUUGAUUUAGCUAGUCUUCUUGCGCUACUUUUUCCUAAACCUAACCUACUGUUAGAUGGCUGUCUAAGUCGUAAUGGUUGUAAAUAUACGCAACACAAUGAAGCUAAUAUAAACUAACGUUAGCUAAUAUCAACUAGCACGGCUAACGUAGCUAACGCUAGUUGGUUAGUUGUUAGCGACCUGCUUUUUGGGGAAAUGUCCACCAGCAUAUUUGAGGAAAAUGAAGAGAAAAGUGGCCAAAUUAAGACUGAGUCCUAACGAAGAGGCUCGGAUAAUACGAGAGGAGCAUGAAAGGAGGAGAAAACUUCGAAUACAGCAGGUGCGGGAGCAGCAGCGGUACAUCGCUCUGCAGAUCCGCCGAGAGGUUGAGCAGAGGCGGCAGCGUGAGCUGGAGCAGCUGGAGGAGGAGCUGAGGAAGGACUGGGAGCGACAGCAGAGGGAGAAACUGGACACACUGCAGAAUCUAUACCAGGAGAGCCUCCAGCUUCUCGGUCAGGGACACAGGAGUGCAAAAGAACAUGAACCCGACUUGGCCGCCAUAGCUCAGAGGGAGGAGGAAAAUCAUGUCAAAGCAGAGGAGCGUUAUCGAGAAGCCUUAAAGGAUCUCAAAUCACAAAGGCUUAAAGAUAAUGAGAGACAAAGCCGAUCCAUCAAUGCCAGGAAGAAGGCACUACAGGCAGAAAAGGAAAGAUCAGCAAAAGUGGCCAGCCUUCCACCGCCUCUUCCAAACCCCAUUCAGAGCAUUGAUUCCAAGAAGCCACAUGUAGUAAAGAAAUCUGAUGUAAGUGCCUUCGCUGCCACGCAUUAUCACAUGCCUGAGAGCACAGUGGACAGAGAGGAAGACACAGAGCAGCCUAAUGCACAUGAGGGAGCUGAGCUGGAGGGGAGGAGACUGCAGGACUUACAGAGGGAGGAAAAGAGGAGGAGAGAAGAGCAGCUUGAGAAGGCUCAUCUCCGAGGGAAAGAAGCUCUGAGGAGGGAACAUCUCGUGCAGGAUCGUGAACGCUUGCUUGUUGAACUGGAGCACAUGCAGCAGACAGACCUGCUGAGGAGGAGACAGCAGGUCUCACAAAUGCCUCCUCAGAUUUUCCAGCCUCUCUAUAAGAGACAGGAGACAAGGGAGGACUUCCAGAGGGAGAUAGAGUUUGCCUUUGAGGACAUGUACACUGGAGAGAGGAGGGUUAAAGGAGAUCUGGUGGUCCAGCUGGUACCCGAGCCUCUGCCAGCUCUGUCCACAGGCAGCCAGGACCAAGAGCUGGACGUCACACUGGAUGAAAUCGCCACACAAGAAACAAGGAGCCCACAACAUGACACUGAUCAGGAUGCUGGAGGCACUGAGCAGGAAACAUCUGCUCAAGUGGAGCCGUCCAAACCUGCUCCAAGACGGGCGUUGAAGAAACUCCUGGAUCGUAUCAGGAGCCAGAGGAAUCAGUGGACUGACCACAACAGUCACGUGCCUGCAGCCGAUUCACCGACGGCCAUCACCGAUCAGAUCCCAGAGCGGGACACAACCAUCGACACGGGCUCUCUGACCAGCGAGGAGAAAGACACACUGCCCCCCGUCGAGCGUCCUGAGCCUGCCCCCUCACCCCUGGCGUUGGAGACAACAGAACAUUCAACUGCAGCAGAUACUCUACUUCCUGAUGUACUUGGCAACAGAAUCCAAGAGUUUGAAGAACGAAAAAAAAGGGAAGAGGAGCUCGAAAGGCAGAAGCAGCAGCAGGUGGUUUUGCUCCAGGAGCUGGAAGAGCAGAAAGCCAAAUUGGAGCAGAUGCUGCUUGAGGCCCAGCAGGAGAGAGAAGACUUGAAGGCGGUUGUGACACAGCGAUUUCCUAUUAACCAAACAGAACUACCCGUCCAUGACCAGGAAGCCACCUCUGUCACCCCUGGUCUAGUCACCGAGCUGGUGCCUCCUGCAGGUGAAGAUGACCACAACAGAAGGAUUAGAGAAUAUCAACAGCGGUUGCUGGAACAAAACAGAAUUCACCAGAGGUCAGUGGAGGUGGCUCGUCAGCGCCUGGAGGAAUACCAGCGAGCUCUACGAAUUCGUCACAACAUGGCCGCCACAUCGUCGCUAUCUGCUGUUGUGCCUUCAGUCCUCAUUCGCCCACGUCUGCACAGUGCUCAGUCUGUGCAUCUUCCAGCUCCUCUGCUACUCCCUACAACUCCUGCAGUGCAAGAAUACACCCACACCAAAUCACAAACCUCUGUGGAAGUUCCCACAAGAGAGUCUGACAUGUUGGCUUCACAUUCGCGACUUCCUAGCUCCACUGCAAGCGUUGGCUCCAAGUUGCUGUCAGAUGAAGUUGAAUCUAUUGCGAGCAGUCAAAGGAACCAGAGACCAGAUGUCACUGCCUGGCUGACUGACAACAUAAUGGAGAGAGUAACGGAGCACCUUAAAGAGAGAUUGAGACCCUCCUCUGAGCCUUCCAAACUUUUCCCAACACAUCAUUCAACCGGCAUCCCACUCCAGCCAACCUCUGAACCCAUCCAAGCCAUUAGCCCGAUGAGCGUCACAGAUGGUGCAACUCUGGUUCCAGGACAUGCAGCGGUUAUGCCUGGGACCUUGCUGCAUGGCUCCCUGUGGACUGGGUCUCUGAACUCCAGAGAGAACGACGACAUGGAGAGGCAGAGACGAGAACUGCAGGAGGCCCAGAGACGGGGGCUGCAGCAGAGACAGCAAGAGGAAGAGAAGCAGAGACGAGAGCUGCAGGAGGUCCAGAGAAGGGUGCUGGAGCAGACGGAGGCAAUGGCGCUGCAGCAGAGACAGCAAGAGGAAGAGAGGCAGAGACGAGAGCUGCAGGAGGCCCAGAGACGGGGGCUGCAGCAGAGACAGCAAGAGGAAGAGAGGCAGAGACGAGAGCUGCAGGAGGUCCAGAGAAGGGUGCUGGAGCGGAGGGAGGCAAUGGCGCUGCAGCAGAGACAGCAAGAGGAAGAGAGGCAGAGACAGGAAGAGCAGCGACAGAGACAGCAAGUGGAGAUGGAGCAGAUCAGGAGGCAAAAGGAGACAUUGCAAGCUCUGAUUCAUACUGAUGCACAACCAGUUCCAGAGGCUGCCAGUGAAGUGUUAGUUUCAGAGAACAUCGGUCAGACCCGCCUGAAAUUACUUGCAUCCCUGCUGAGAGCUAUAGAAGAGUCUAACGGGGGAACUUUAUCACACCUAGAAGACCCUCAGGAGAGAGAUGGCUCCUCUCCGCAGCCGCCAUCUAACAGUGGUGAGACAGAUCUCAUAUCUCGGAGCAAUGUUCCUACUGGACCUGCCCCGGUGUCAGUCCUCCCCUCAGGACUCCUCCUCCCUCCACCUCCUCCUCCUCCUCGAGCAGCAAAGCCCCCGGUGACCCGCGUCAGGCCUGGCAUCAUGGACAUGAUGACUGAACAACAUGAGCUUAGUGCCAUUCAAGAGGUGGAGACACCAGCCGACACCAGCCAAGUCACAGGUCCAGAGGAUAGUGUCAAGGUUCCUCCACACACUGUGGACGGGGAUCUGCAAGAGGAUUCCGAGUCGUCUGUGGCCUCUGACACGUCCCAGCAGACACCCUCUUGGUCCAGCAGUGGGCAGCGGACUGCUGAACGAUCAACCGGCUCUGGAACAAGCUCAGGGAGAUCCAGCAAUGUCAUCUGGAGAGAGAGGCAGCUGAUGGGGGCAGGAACAUCUCCAGAAUCCUCAGAGUCUGAUUUAGUCCGAAGGAUAAUCUCACCACCUUCCUCUGACUCUGGGAGAGGAGCUGACUACUCCGGUCCUGCAAUCACAAGUUACAGAUCCCCCACAGAGUCUGCACCCAGGCCUCCUGAUUCUGACUGCCUCUCCUCCACCACCAUCUCCACCGGCAGCUACAUCACCUCCGAUCCUGAGCAAAACGUAAACACUGAUAAAUCCCCGUCUCUGAGACGUUUAGAACGAGGAGCAGAUUUACUCGACGUUUCCUCUCCAGCCGGUCAAAGCUACGGUGUUAAGGAAAGCUCGACUGAAGGCCAUCCUGGUUUGGCUGUAGACUCUCUGUUUAAUGACAGCAGCAUCCAGCACAUUAUAGACCGAUACACAAGGGAGCUAAACAUCUCGCUCAGCACUGCUGGCAAAACCACAGACAGUGAAUCCUCAUAUAUGGAAGAAACCAGCUCUUCAGUUUCCCAGCAGUCUUUGGUUCGAGUCUCGGAGAGGAGAAGGGAGGAUGAAAGCUCUACGCCUCAUCAGUCUCUUCCCUCAGACACCGCAGGAGCACGGAGGAGUGGCCUGGAAUGGGACAAUACAGUCAAUCCGAUCCUGGAGCACUUCUCAGGCGAGGACACGUCAGCGGUUGUGGACCAAGAGCAGGACUCUUUCAGACCUCUGAUUGGCCAGCUGGCAGACCAGUCAUCCUGUCUCGCUGUUGACCCGAGGGACUCAGCCAUGGAGCGCCUGGUCGGUCACCCAUCGGCUCACUCGUCCAUGAUUGGUCAGCUAACCGGUCGGCCUGUUUCAAUGAGCUUUGAUCAAGGUGGAUGGGAUUCCACUCUGAGUCGAAUGAUUGGGCGUCUCUCCCAUCAGUCCAGCUCUCAUUGGCUGAGUGGUGGGCAGGACUUUUAUGCCGGUCAGCUGAUGGGUCAGAUGCCAUCGGAGCAGUCGACCACAUGGUUGGAUGAGAGCAGAAUGAGACCGCUGGUCGGGGAGCUGGAUGAGUCUGCGGGGCAGCACAGUGGAGGCUCAGAUGGAAGAACCCACGUAGAUCUUGGUGUCUCCACUGAGGCCAGUGGGCCGUCGCACCCAGUGUUGCCUCCUGAAGCCUCGUCACACAGUGCUUCUGUCCCGGCUGUGAACCCACAUCCGCAGGACCAAACCAACGUGGACCUGGGCCCAGAGAGGACUGAAGUGUUUCCAGGUUCAGACUCAUUCCACCCGCUUCUGGCUGAGGUCACCCACAACGAAACCGCAGACCCCUCCAUGACCUUUCACCAGCCCGAACACGAUGGGCCCACCUCCCCUGAAGGACAGCCAGCCAGCGGGGGAAGCCGUGUUUCCACACCUUCUGAGGAGUUUGAAAUCCACACUGUUGAGUCUGAACCUUCACCUGAGCGCCUCAGAACAGCGGAUCCGUCCGGCUGCAUAGCAGAUUCCCCUGCCUUGCAGAAAUCCUUCUCCCAGCUCACCACCUCCCAGUACCAACCCCGCGAAUCUGUCCUCAUGGUGUCUCCCACCAUGAUGUCGCCAGAGGGAGCGGAUGCAGACAGAAACGGCAUUUCUGAAAGGCUUGGAGAUUCAGUCCCAUUCAGCGACCUCUGUCCUGUCUCAGAUAAGAUAUGGGAGGCCGCCAGUGAGAAGGGGAUCCUGGAGCAGUCAGAGAUAACACUAGUGAGCCUGACAGAUACCACGCUGCAGGACCAAGAGACGACCAUCGCUGAGGACGAGGGAAUUUGGGAAGACAAACGUCCAGAUGGCGCGAGGGAAGAGGGACAGAAAGACCAUGAGACAGAGGGGACGGAAUCCACGUUGUCACCGGAUGAGACUCCAGAGGACAAGAACCAAACACACCCAGAUUCAGUGAUGCUCCUGGAGUUCCAGUGGGGUCCUAGCAGAGGCCUGCAGGAGGCCCACCACGAGAAGCGCAGAGCGCUGCUCCAGAGAUCGUCCCGCAGGGUGGAGGAAAUGAAGGCUAAAGCGACUCUUGCCAAGAUUCAGCCUGAGAUCCAAGCUCCAUCUGAAGCCGGAGAGCAGUCUAAAGCUAAGGAGUCUCAACCAGUCACCUUUAAGGAAAAGUUGAAGACAGAACCUCAACAUAAGACUAAUACCAAGUCAAAGGGGGGACAGGCUGAACUGCAUCAAACUACUGAGAAAUCUGGCUUUAUCAAGCAGAAAAAGCCCCAGCUUCCCCCUCCAGUGAGCGAUCUCAGGCUGAAAAAGGUGGACGAGGUGAAGAGCUGCACACCGGAGCAAAGGAAACUGGAUGUCUCUGAGAUGCACCAGAGAACUCAGAGACUGUAUAAGCAGCUGGAGGAAGUGAAGCUUCAGCAAGCCAUCAGGAACAGACAGGAAGCUUGUGCAAAAAACAGACUGAAGGCCAAAGAGUUCCACAAGAAAACCUUACAGAAACUUCGUGCCAAGCAGACGCUGUUGUGAAUGUGUUCUAGUUCCACUUUUGUAAGUUUAUUUGUAUAAUUUAAGUUUUAUCAAUAAAGCAUUUUAAGUUAUUUUAA